AUGCUGUCGCGCUCGACGCGACCAAAGUUUCCCAACGUCAACCGCAGGGCUAUCGCGUCGGCGCAUCGCAACACCAAGUCUCUCUACACACGCGGCAUCGCUGUCGCAUUCCACCGCCCAUCAUCGCUUGAGUACCUGAUCAAAGGCCCCCAAAUAGUGCGUGACACGUCGCCCGUGGCAUGGACCUACUUCUCUGCUCCGCCGCCAGAUGGCACCGUCCUGCUCGCCUUCCAGCCCCCGCGCAUGGGCACGCAAUUCGCAUCUGAUGGUAUGGUGUGGGCUGACCCCGAAUCAACAUACGAGCUCAACGUUCGUGGCUACACGGUCCAAAUCCUCAUCCACAACUGUGGCUUCCACUACCCCCAUGAGCCAUAUGCAACCCACGCCCGCUAUCGCUACAGAAUACUGGCCGGACCCGGCACCACGAACCCCAACCUGUGGCUCAUUCACUACAGGCCCUCGGAGCCGCAGCACAGGGCCGCAGCAGCCCAGAUACCCAUCCCACGCGAAGUCCAUGCGCAGCUGCAGAUGCGCGGGCAAUUGCAGGCUGCUGGUCCUCUGAUGCGCAAGGAGUUCAUGCUGCACGACCAAGCCAACUGGCCAAAGGUCGAGUUCGGCCAGCAGGCUAUGAGGGGCCAGCAGCCAUACUAUAAUCCUAUGCAGCCCGGACGACCGUACGCUGCGCAACCACCGCCUGCGAAACGCGCGCGCCUGCCUCCUCAAGCGCAGGCACGUAUGACCCAGCCGGGCAGCGCCAUUGUAGACACCUCACUAGAGGAAGAGGAGAAUGCGACCCAGGAUGCUUUUGACUUCUUGACACCGCGCGAGAUCAGCUUGUCCCGAUACAAGCAACAUCAUGAGUGGAUGGAAGAGGUCUUCUCCUCUCCAUACGCUAUUGGGAAGAUUGCGCCUAUAGACCUUGGCCUUGGCUUGAUGGGUGAACUCGCCCCUUUGACAGCUGGCAUUCUGGAUGUACCAACUGGCGAAAUUCUUGAACCCGCCAAGAUCAAGAACUACUACAAACUCGACGCAGAUCAGCUCAAGGAUUUUGAAAAGCGCGUCACUGAGCACGCCACGAAGGAACAAGAUGAAAUCGACAAGAUGAAGGCAGACCACGCAAGAAAAAUGGCCCAGCUGAAGCAUGAUGAUAGCGAUGGCCCUGACCCUGUGGAAGAGGUGGUUCAAGACGUGGAGAAGUCACUAAAUGUCACAUUUGAGGCGAAGAAGUCCAUUGUUUGCGUGGACAAGGGCGGUUUCAUUGAAGCACAAGCCCCAUCCCCGCCAAAGGCUCAAGUCAACGGCAGCGGCGAGCAGAGCAGCAACGGCGCAUCCAAUGGCAUAGCCAACGACGGCGGCGUAGAUGUCGACAACUCUGCUGCUAGCUUACUCGAUCAGUACGGAUCUGGGUCGCUAACAGGAACUCCCAUCGGCAAUGUAUCAUUGCCACGACUAUCUCAGCCUCCCAGCCAAUCUCAGUCUGCCAUCGGCACGCCAAGUGCAGCCAGCAACAUGCCACAGUCCACAACAUUUGACCAACAUGGCACAUCUCUCGGCGCAGACAACGGGGAUGAUCUCCUGGACCUGGACGUAGAGAUGUCAGGCAUGCCUUCUGACGGAGAGAAAGGUGACGCAUGGGGCAUGGCGGACGACCAAGCCGGCACGCAACCCAGUGGCAACCCCCACCAGUCUGGUGCCAAUGCCAAUCCAGCAACAUCUAAUGCUGGCGGCAUGCCUACAUCAAAUGUAGACGCUGAUGCUGGAAGCAUGUUCGACACCGCAGACUUUGGAAGUUUCGAUAACCUGGACACAGCCGGUGAUGCUUUGGCUGAGUAUGGCAACGACGAUACCAUGGGGCUUGACCUUGUCGACGACUCGGCUUUUGGCGAUGCAUUUCAUGGAACAGAGAUGCAACAUCACGAUGAGACGGGUGAUUGA